GCUGCUACUGUGGUACACGUUCCGGUCCCAGUUACAUUCAACGCAACUGUAGAAAGAAGACUGCCUGGCCGGCAAACAGAGACUGCAGUUACUGGAGUGGCCGGCUUCACACGAAUCAUUGAGGCUGCGCCACCCGGCUGGGCGACGACAUGUAGAGCACCGGCACUAGCAUUUAUAGAAGAGCCGAUUGAGUGGCCUAGCGUAACCCCAGAUUCAGAGACGACAGAGGCCGUGGCUCCGGCAACUCGAAGGACAGUGGGCAACUGGUGA